GCUUGCCCGGGGGCCGUGCACGGGCCGUGCACGUGCAGAAGCGGUUAGGCUUCUUACUCAGAAGCGGAGCGGGUGAGGUGGUUGCGAUUCUUGCUCAGGACUUGUGCAAAUGCGCAUGUACAGGGCCAUUAGAGCCUAGACAUUGGAUAAAAGAGGUUGCUUGGCGUUCAUUGAAAGUCAGAGAGGUCAAAGGGGCCUGAGAUUCUGCCCGGUGAGGACCGGAAACCGGACGGUCGGAGGAGUCACAGGGCUGCCAUGCCAGGCAUCUUUGGCAGCUCAGUGCCCAAGCUCCACAAGGCUGCCCGCAAGGGCGACAAGGCCAAGGUGGAGCGUCUCCUCCAGAAAUGGAACACGGUUUACAGAGACAGCAAGCAAAGGACUGCUCUGCAUUAUGCCAGUGCCUAUGGCCAUCCAGAAGUGGUGAGACUCCUGAUACAGAAAAAGUUUGACCUUAAUGCCUGGGACAGUGACCAUGACACCGCUCUGAUUAAGGCUGUAAAAUGCUACGAGGAAGACUGUGUUAGUAUUCUCUUGGAACAUGGUGCAAAUCCAAAUAUUGCCAAUACCAAGGGCGACACUGCUCUGCAUUAUGCAGUUUACAGUUCAAAGUCUUCACUAACAGCAAAACUGCUUUCGCAUGGUGCCGAUGCUGAGGCAAAAAACAAGGAAGGCCUCACACCACUUAUGCUUGCUCUAAGGGAAAACAGAAUGGAAGCGGCAGCAUUGUUAAAAAAGACAGAAACAAAGAAUGUGGUGAAUGAGCCGGAAAGCUCUUGCAGCAAACCCAGUCCUGUUAAUUACCAGGCUACAUCAGGUGACACUGCUUUCCCUCUGGAUAACAAGAAACAAGCAGAAAUGUCAAAAGUUACAGCGCGGAAAAAGGAUACGGUGUUUGCACCAGGAGUACAGAAAGCUGGUGAAUUGCCUUGGGAUUCUGAGAAGCCUGUCGAUCCUUUUUCUGGGAAAGCAGAUGAUGGAGGAAAACAGGCAGGAAAUAGAAAAAGAAAAGAAUCACCUGACACACAUCUUCCCUUGAAGCCUGCUGUGGAAACAAAAGAUUCUGAUGGGAAGAAAGCAGUAAGAGUGAAGGAUGCACUGCCACCUCAACCAGAUUGGUGUUUGGCCUCAUGUUAUGAGACUGCUGAGAAAUCAGAGAAUUUGAAAUCUGAUGAUAAACAACCACUUGCAACAUUACCAGAAUCUGAUUGUGCCCAGAAGAACUUGUCCAGUGGGGACCCGGGACCAUCAAGGCCUGUGGGCCUUCUGAAAAACUGCAAGGUUGCAUUGCAAAGCAUCUUUGGUGAGCCAAUGCCCAAGAUUCACAAGGCUGCCCGUAAGGGCAACAAGGACCGGGUGCAGUUUCUCAUCACAGCAGGCCAUGUCCAUGACAGAGACAGGGAACGCAGGACUGCUCUGCAUUAUGCCAGUGCCUAUGGCCAUCCAGAAGUGGUGACUCUCUUGGUAAAGAGCAAGUGUGAUAUUAAUGCCUGUGACAGUGACUAUGACACCGCUCUGAUUAAGGCUGUAAAAUGCUACGAGGAAGGCUGUGCUAGUAUUCUCUUGGAGCAUGGUGCAAAUCUAAAUAUUGCCAAUGCCAAGGGCGACACUGCUCUGCAUCUUUCGGUAUUUCAUCCAAAGUCUUCACUAACAGCAAAACUGCUUUCGCAUGGUGCCGAUGCUGAGGCAAAAAACAAGGAAGGCCUCACACCACUUAUGCUUGCUCUAAGGGAAAACAGAAUGGAAGCAGCAGCAUUGUUAAAAAAGACAGAAACAAAGAAUGUGGUGAAUGAGCCGGAAAGAAAAAAUUCUCAAUGUGAAAAAAAGGAAUCUUCAAAUUCUGACAAUAGCCCUGCAGUGGUUGCAAGUGAAUCUGAGACUUCUUUAACACCAGAGGUUGCAAUUAAAAUGGAGGCUCCAUCCAUGCCAGAGCCUCAACCUAUUCUUGUGGCUCCAUUCAGGCCAGGCAAGUGCGCUAUCACUGAGGUGUAUCCUUUACACUACGAAGUUUGCUUUUUUAUAUCAGGUUUAAGUUCACUGCAAAAUUGAAAGGAAGCUCCAGAGAUUUGCAGUUGAUCAUGUGCCUCUCACACAUAAGUUGCCUCCUUCCAUGGCCAGUGCUCUCCCCUAGAGUAGUACACUUGUGAUAGAUGAUGACUUACCAUGAGUCUACCCUUAUCCUUAAAAUCUGAAUCUGCGGUUAAUGUUAGGGUUCACUGUUAGUGUUCUCCAUCUGAUGGGUCUAACAAAUGUGUAGGGUAUUUACUGUUGCAUUUAUGUUUGUUCUUAAUUGUUUGUUAAUACUCCAUAUUCAGAAGAAUUUAGGAGAUGAUUAUAGGAAAUUUUUAAUCCAAAUGUUACACUUCUUUAAUUUCUACUUCUGAAAUCCUAUACAUGAAAAAUAGUUUUAAAUUAGUAUGGUUACUUUGUGUGUACUAACAUUAGAGUAAACUUUUAAUUUUUUAAGUAAAUGUGUUAGACUUAGUAAAAGAAUAUUACUACAUGGUUGUAUUACUGAAAAGUGAUUUUUGUGACUAAAAAUAAAAUUUUAAGUCACUUAACAAUUAUUAUCUUCCCACUAAAGUAUGUAAUUUGUAUUGUUCUGUAUAAUGUCCUACUCUGGUUUAGGAGGUGAUAUCUACACACUGUUACUGUGUUUUUGAAUUAUCUCCAAUUGUAUACUAAAUUUCUGUAUCAUGGUAUUAGUAGAUUCAUUAACUUUCUUUAAAUAAUACCUUUUUCUUUGUUUCUUUGUUUAUUCUCUUUUUUUUUCUGUUUCAUUGUCUUCCUUUUUGCAGUGGUUGCCACUCAACCCGAGACUCCACUCAAGUCAGGCAAGUGCUCUACCACAGAGGUGCACCCUUUUCACUAAGAACUUUGUUUUUUAUGUCUGGCUUAGGUUCACAGCAAAGUUGAAAGGAGGAUCCAGAGGGCUUUGAUUGAUCAUGUCCCUCUCACACAAAGUGUUUUGCUUCCCUCCAUGGCCAGUGCCCGCCCCUAGAGGAGUACCCUUGUUACAGAUGAUGACUUACAGUGGUCCAUCGUUAUCAUCUAAUGUUGGCAGUUAACAUUAGGGCAAACUGUUGGCGUUCUCCAUCUGAUGGGUCUACUCAAAUGUGUAGUAUAUUUACUGCUGCAUUUAUAUUUGUUCUUGUUUUUUUCUUAAUACCGCAGAAUUCAGAAGUAUUUAAGAAAUUAACUGUAGGAAAAUUUUAUUCCAAAACACUCCAUUUAUUAAUUUUUACUUCUGAAAUCCUAUACAUGAAAAGAGUUUUAAAUCACUAUGUUUAGUGUCUGUGUAAUAACAUAUAGUGAAGGUUUAAUAUGUUAAUAAAUGCAUUAGACUUAGUAAAAACCAUAUUACUGUAUGAUUGUAUCACUGAGAAGAGUUUUUUGUGACUAAAAAUAAAAUGUUAAGUCACUUAUACAUUAUUUUCCCCCCCAAGAUUUUAACUUACGUUGUUCUCCAUAUUUUCCUAUUCUUCAGUUUAGGAGAUGAUAUCUAGUCUGUGCUACUUUGAUCUUGUAAUUAUCUCCAGGGGUAUACUGAGUUUCUGUAUCUUCUGCAGUAGUGGGUUCAGUAACUAUCUUUAAUUAACAGCUGUGUUUCUUCUCUUUUAUUUUUUAUGUGUUCUCUUUUCCAGGGAUUGGUAGACCUGGCACUCCACUCAUGCAAGGCAAGUGCCCCUCCACUGAACUGUACCCUUUGCACUAUGAACAUUUAUAAACAUCAGGAUUAAGUUCACGGCAAAAUUGAAAGGAAGAUCCAGAGAUUUCCAGUAGACUGUGUGCCUCUCACACAUGAGUUGCCUCCCUCCACAGGCAGUGCCCUCCUCUAAAGUAGUACACUUAGUGUAGACAAUGACUUACACUGGCCCAUCAUUACCAAGCGAAGUCUGCAGUCAGUGUUAGGAUUCACUGUUUGUGUUCCCCUUCUCAUGGUUCUAUUGUAAUGUGAAGUGUAUUUACAGUUCAAUUUAUAUUUGUGUUUAAUUUUUUGUUAAUACUCCAUAUUUAGAAGAAUUUAGGAAAUGAAUUAUAGGAAAUUUAUAACCUAAAAUACUUCAUUCAUUUAAUUUUCCUUGAAUUCCUGUACAUGAAAAUGUUUUAAAUCACUAUGGCUACUUUGUGUGAAUUAAGAUUAAACUUUUAACAUUUUAAACAAAUGUGUUUGACUUAAAAUGUUGCCCCUCUUAUGAAUUAUUUUCCCACUUAAGUAUUUAAUUUAUAUGGCUUUGUAUAAUAUUCCACUCUUUGGUUUAGGAGAUGAUAGUAAUAGUGUGCUACUUUGAUCUUGGAAUUACCUCCUAUUGUACAUUGAGUUUCUAUAACAUGGUAAUAGUUUCAGUACCUGUCUUUAAUUAAUAGCUUUUCUUCUUUGUUUCUUCUCUUCUGUUUUCUUUUCGGUUCCAUUCUUUUCUUUUUUGCAGUGGUUGCCAAAAAACCUGAGAUUCCAUUCGUAUCCGGCAAGUGCUGUACCAUGGAGUUGUACCCUUUGCACUAUAAACUGUUUUUUUAAAUUUCAGGCUUAAGUUCACAGCAAAAUUGAAAGGAAGAUCCAGAGAUUUGCAGUUGAUCAUGUACCUCUCACACAUAAGUUGCCUCCCUCUAUGGCCAGUGCCCUCCCUUAGACUAGAACACUUGUUAUGGAGAGUGACUUAAACCGGUCCAUUAUUAUAAUCCAAAUCUGCAGUUAAUAUUAGUUUCACUGUUAGUGUUCUCCAUCUGAUGGGUCUAUUCAAAUGUGUAGUGUAUUUGCUGUUGCAUUUAUAUUUGUUCUUAAUUUUGUGUUAAAUUCCAGAAUUCAUAAGUAUUUAAGACAUGAAGUAUAGGAAAUUAUGAUUUAAAAUAUUCCUUUUAUUUAAUUUUCAAUUUUGUAAUCUUGUACAUGAUAAAGUAUUUUAAAUCAGUAGGUCUAGUAUCUGUGCACUAACAUUAUAGUGAAGUUUUAAUAUUUUAAUAAAUGCAUUAGACCUAGUAAAACCAUUUUACUACAUGAUUGUAUCACUAAGAAGUGAUUGUUGUGAAUAAAAAUAAAAUGUUAAGUCACCUAUCAAUUAUUUUCUUGCCUAAGUAUGUGACUUAUAUUGUUCUAUAUAUUUUCCUAUUCUUUGGUUUAGGAGAUGAUACCUAUUCUGUACUACUUUGAUCUUGUAAUUAUCUCCAGGUAUAUACUGAGUUUCUGUAACAUGGUAGUAGUAGUUUCGGUAACUACAUUUAAUUAACAGCUUUUUCCUGUGUUGUUUUCUUUUGUCUUCCCUUUUGCAGAGCCUCAACCUAUUCUUGUGGCUCCAUUCAGGCCAGGCAAGUGCGCUAUCACUGAGGUGUAUCCUUUACACUACGAAGUUUGCUUUUUUAUAUCAGGUUUAAGUUCACUGCAAAAUUGAAAGGAAGCUCCAGAGAUUUGCAGUUGAUCAUGUGCCUCUCACACAUAAGUUGCCUCCUUCCAUGGCCAGUGCUCUCCCCUAGAGUAGUACACUUGUGAUAGAUGAUGACUUACCAUGAGUCUACCCUUAUCCUUAAAAUCUGAAUCUGCGGUUAAUGUUAGGGUUCACUGUUAGUGUUCUCCAUCUGAUGGGUCUAACAAAUGUGUAGGGUAUUUACUGUUGCAUUUAUGUUUGUUCUUAAUUGUUUGUUAAUACUCCAUAUUCAGAAGAAUUUAGGAGAUGAUUAUAGGAAAUUUUUAAUCCAAAUGUUACACUUCUUUAAUUUCUACUUCUGAAAUCCUAUACAUGAAAAAUAGUUUUAAAUUAGUAUGGUUACUUUGUGUGUACUAACAUUAGAGUAAACUUUUAAUUUUUUAAGUAAAUGUGUUAGACUUAGUAAAAGAAUAUUACUACAUGGUUGUAUUACUGAAAAGUGAUUUUUGUGACUAAAAAUAAAAUUUUAAGUCACUUAACAAUUAUUAUCUUCCCACUAAAGUAUGUAAUUUGUAUUGUUCUGUAUAAUGUCCUACUCUGGUUUAGGAGGUGAUAUCUACACACUGUUACUGUGUUUUUGAAUUAUCUCCAAUUGUAUACUAAAUUUCUGUAUCAUGGUAUUAGUAGAUUCAUUAACUUUCUUUAAAUAAUACCUUUUUCUUUGUUUCUUUGUUUAUUCUCUUUUUUUUUCUGUUUCAUUGUCUUCCUUUUUGCAGUGGUUGCCACUCAACCCGAGACUCCACUCAAGUCAGGCAAGUGCUCUACCACAGAGGUGCACCCUUUUCACUAAGAACUUUGUUUUUUAUGUCUGGCUUAGGUUCACAGCAAAGUUGAAAGGAGGAUCCAGAGGGCUUUGAUUGAUCAUGUCCCUCUCACACAAAGUGUUUUGCUUCCCUCCAUGGCCAGUGCCCGCCCCUAGAGGAGUACCCUUGUUACAGAUGAUGACUUACAGUGGUCCUUUGUUACGUUAUCAUCUAACGUUGGCAGUUAACAUUAGGGCAAACUGUUGGUGUUCUAGAUCUGAUGGGUCUACUCAAAUGUGUAGUAUAUUUACUGCUGCAUUUAUAUUUGUUCUUGUUUUUUUCUUAAUACCUCAGGAUUCAGAAGUAUUUAAGAAAUUAACUGUAGGAAAAUUUUAUUCCAAAACACUCCAUUUAUUAAUUUUUACUUCUGAAAUCCUAUACAUGAAAAGAGUUUUAAAUCACUAUGUUUAGUGUCUGUGUAAUAACAUAUAGUGAAGGUUUAAUAUGUUAAUAAAUGCAUUAGACUUAGUAAAAACCAUAUUACUGUAUGAUUGUAUCACUGAGAAGAGUUUUUUGUGACUAAAAAUAAAAUGUUAAGUCACUUAUACAUUAUUUUCCCCCCCAAGAUUUUAACUUACGUUGUUCUCCAUAUUUUCCUAUUCUUCAGUUUAGGAGAUGAUAUCUAGUCUGUGCUACUUUGAUCUUGUAAUUAUCUCCAGGGGUAUACUGAGUUUCUGUAUCUUCUGCAGUAGUGGGUUCAGUAACUAUCUUUAAUUAACAGCUGUGUUUCUUCUCUUUUAUUUUUUAUGUGUUCUCUUUUCCAGGGAUUGGUAGACCUGGCACUCCACUCACGCAAGGCAAGUGCCCCUCCACUGAACUGUACCCUUUGCACUAUGAACAUUUAUAAACAUCAGGAUUAAGUUCACGGCAAAAUUGAAAGGAAGAUCCAGAGAUUUCCAGUAGACUGUGUGCCUCUCACACAUGAGUUGCCUCCCUCCACAGGCAGUGCCCUCCUCUAAAGUAGUACACUUAGUGUAGACAAUGACUUACACUGGCCCAUCAUUACCAAGCGAAGUCUGCAGUCAGUGUUAGGAUUCACUGUUUGUGUUCCCCUUCUCAUGGUUCUAUUGUAAUGUGAAGUGUAUUUACAGUUCAAUUUAUAUUUGUGUUUAAUUUUUUGUUAAUACUCCAUAUUUAGAAGAAUUUAGGAAAUGAAUUAUAGGAAAUUUAUAACCUAAAAUACUUCAUUCAUUUAAUUUUCCUUGAAUUCCUGUACAUGAAAAUGUUUUAAAUCACUAUGGCUACUUUGUGUGAAUUAAGAUUAAACUUUUAACAUUUUAAACAAAUGUGUUUGACUUAAAAUGUUGCCCCUCUUAUGAAUUAUUUUCCCACUUAAGUAUUUAAUUUAUAUGGCUUUGUAUAAUAUUCCACUCUUUGGUUUAGGAGAUGAUAGUAAUAGUGUGCUACUUUGAUCUUGGAAUUACCUCCUAUUGUACAUUGAGUUUCUAUAACAUGGUAAUAGUUUCAGUACCUGUCUUUAAUUAAUAGCUUUUCUUCUUUGUUUCUUCUCUUCUGUUUUCUUUUCGGUUCCAUUCUUUUCUUUUUUGCAGUGGUUGCCAAAAAACCUGAGAUUCCAUUCGUAUCCGGCAAGUGCUGUACCAUGGAGUUGUACCCUUUGCACUAUAAACUGUUUUUUUAAAUUUCAGGCUUAAGUUCACAGCAAAAUUGAAAGGAAGAUCCAGAGAUUUGCAGUUGAUCAUGUACCUCUCACACAUAAGUUGCCUCCCUCUAUGGCCAGUGCCCUCCCUUAGACUAGAACACUUGCUAUGGAGAGUGACUUAAACCGGUCCAUUAUUAUAAUCCAAAUCUGCAGUUAAUAUUAGUUUCACUGUUAGUGUUCUCCAUCUGAUGGGUCUAUUCAAAUGUGUAGUGUAUUUGCUGUUGCAUUUAUAUUUGUUCUUAAUUUUGUGUUAAAUUCCAGAAUUCAUAAGUAUUUAAGACAUGAAGUAUAGGAAAUUAUGAUUUAAAAUAUUCCUUUUAUUUAAUUUUCAAUUUUGUAAUUUUGUACAUGAUAAAGUAUUUUAAAUCAGUAGGUCUAGUAUCUGUGCACUAACAUUAUAGUGAAGUUUUAAUAUUUUAAUAAAUGCAUUAGACCUAGUAAAACCAUUUUACUACAUGAUUGUAUCACUAAGAAGUGAUUGUUGUGAAUAAAAAUAAAAUGUUAAGUCACCUAUCAAUUAUUUUCUUGCCUAAGUAUGUGACUUAUAUUGUUCUAUAUAUUUUCCUAUUCUUUGGUUUAGGAGAUGAUACCUAUUCUGUACUACUUUGAUCUUGUAAUUAUCUCCAGGUAUAUACUGAGUUUCUGUAACAUGGUAGUAGUAGUUUCGGUAACUACAUUUAAUUAACAGCUUUUUCCUGUGUUGUUUUCUUUUGUCUUCCCUUUUGCAGAGCCUCAACCUAUUCUUGUGGCUCCAUUCAGGCCAGGCAAGUGCGCUAUCACUGAGGUGUAUCCUUUACACUACGAAGUUUGCUUUUUUAUAUCAGGUUUAAGUUCACUGCAAAAUUGAAAGGAAGCUCCAGAGAUUUGCAGUUGAUCAUGUGCCUCUCACACAUAAGUUGCCUCCUUCCAUGGCCAGUGCUCUCCCCUAGAGUAGUACACUUGUGAUAGAUGAUGACUUACCAUGAGUCUACCCUUAUCCUUAAAAUCUGAAUCUGCGGUUAAUGUUAGGGUUCACUGUUAGUGUUCUCCAUCUGAUGGGUCUAACAAAUGUGUAGGGUAUUUACUGUUGCAUUUAUGUUUGUUCUUAAUUGUUUGUUAAUACUCCAUAUUCAGAAGAAUUUAGGAGAUGAUUAUAGGAAAUUUUUAAUCCAAAUGUUACACUUCUUUAAUUUCUACUUCUGAAAUCCUAUACAUGAAAAAUAGUUUUAAAUUAGUAUGGUUACUUUGUGUGUACUAACAUUAGAGUAAACUUUUAAUUUUUUAAGUAAAUGUGUUAGACUUAGUAAAAGAAUAUUACUACAUGGUUGUAUUACUGAAAAGUGAUUUUUGUGACUAAAAAUAAAAUUUUAAGUCACUUAACAAUUAUUAUCUUCCCACUAAAGUAUGUAAUUUGUAUUGUUCUGUAUAAUGUCCUACUCUGGUUUAGGAGGUGAUAUCUAUACACUGUUACUGAGUUUUUGAAUUAUCUCCAAUUGUAUACUAAAUUUCUGUAUCAUGGUAUUAGUAGAUUCAUUAACUUUCUUUAAAUAAUACCUUUUUCUUUGUUUCUUUGUUUAUUCUCUUUUUUUUCUGUUUCAUUGUCUUCCUUUUUGCAGUGGUUGCCACUCAACCCGAGACUCCACUCAAGUCAGGCAAGUGCUCUACCACAGAGCUGCACCCUUUUCACUAAGAACUUUGUUUUUUAUGUCUGGCUUAGGUUCACAGCAAAGUUGAAAGGAGGAUCCAGAGGGCUUUGAUUGAUCAUGUCCCUCUCACACAAAGUGUUUUGCUUCCCUCCAUGGCCAGUGCCCGCCCCUAGAGGAGUACCCUUGUUACAGAUGAUGACUUACAGUGGUCCAUCGUUAUCAUCUAAUGUUGGCAGUUAACAUUAGGGCAAACUGUUGGCGUUCUCCAUCUGAUGGGUCUACUCAAAUGUGUAGUAUAUUUACUGCUGCAUUUAUAUUUGUUCUUGUUUUUUUCUUAAUACCGCAGAAUUCAGAAGUAUUUAAGAAAUUAACUGUAGGAAAAUUUUAUUCCAAAACACUCCAUUUAUUAAUUUUUACUUCUGAAAUCCUAUACAUGAAAAGAGUUUUAAAUCACUAUGUUUAGUGUCUGUGUAAUAACAUAUAGUGAAGGUUUAAUAUGUUAAUAAAUGCAUUAGACUUAGUAAAAACCAUAUUACUGUAUGAUUGUAUCACUGAGAAGAGUUUUUUGUGACUAAAAAUAAAAUGUUAAGUCACUUAUACAUUAUUUUCCCCCCCAAGAUUUUAACUUACGUUGUUCUCCAUAUUUUCCUAUUCUUCAGUUUAGGAGAUGAUAUCUAGUCUGUGCUACUUUGAUCUUGUAAUUAUCUCCAGGGGUAUACUGAGUUUCUGUAUCUUCUGCAGUAGUGGGUUCAGUAACUAUCUUUAAUUAACAGCUGUGUUUCUUCUCUUUUAUUUUUUAUGUGUUCUCUUUUCCAGGGAUUGGUAGACCUGGCACUCCACUCACGCAAGGCAAGUGCCCCUCCACUGAACUGUACCCUUUGCACUAUGAACAUUUAUAAACAUCAGGAUUAAGUUCACGGCAAAAUUGAAAGGAAGAUCCAGAGAUUUCCAGUAGACUGUGUGCCUCUCACACAUGAGUUGCCUCCCUCCACAGGCAGUGCCCUCCUCUAAAGUAGUACACUUAGUGUAGACAAUGACUUACACUGGCCCAUCAUUACCAAGCGAAGUCUGCAGUCAGUGUUAGGAUUCACUGUUUGUGUUCCCCUUCUCAUGGUUCUAUUGUAAUGUGAAGUGUAUUUACAGUUCAAUUUAUAUUUGUGUUUAAUUUUUUGUUAAUACUCCAUAUUUAGAAGAAUUUAGGAAAUGAAUUAUAGGAAAUUUAUAACCUAAAAUACUUCAUUCAUUUAAUUUUCCUUGAAUUCCUGUACAUGAAAAUGUUUUAAAUCACUAUGGCUACUUUGUGUGAAUUAAGAUUAAACUUUUAACAUUUUAAACAAAUGUGUUUGACUUAAAAUGUUGCCCCUCUUAUGAAUUAUUUUCCCACUUAAGUAUUUAAUUUAUAUGGCUUUGUAUAAUAUUCCACUCUUUGGUUUAGGAGAUGAUAGUAAUAGUGUGCUACUUUGAUCUUGGAAUUACCUCCUAUUGUACAUUGAGUUUCUAUAACAUGGUAAUAGUUUCAGUACCUGUCUUUAAUUAAUAGCUUUUCUUCUUUGUUUCUUCUCUUCUGUUUUCUUUUCGGUUCCAUUCUUUUCUUUUUUGCAGUGGUUGCCAAAAAACCUGAGAUUCCAUUCGUAUCCGGCAAGUGCUGUACCAUGGAGUUGUACCCUUUGCACUAUAAACUGUUUUUUUAAAUUUCAGGCUUAAGUUCACAGCAAAAUUGAAAGGAAGAUCCAGAGAUUUGCAGUUGAUCAUGUACCUCUCACACAUAAGUUGCCUCCCUCUAUGGCCAGUGCCCUCCCUUAGACUAGAACACUUGCUAUGGAGAGUGACUUAAACCGGUCCAUUAUUAUAAUCCAAAUCUGCAGUUAAUAUUAGUUUCACUGUUAGUGUUCUCCAUCUGAUGGGUCUAUUCAAAUGUGUAGUGUAUUUGCUGUUGCAUUUAUAUUUGUUCUUAAUUUUGUGUUAAAUUCCAGAAUUCAUAAGUAUUUAAGACAUGAAGUAUAGGAAAUUAUGAUUUAAAAUAUUCCUUUUAUUUAAUUUUCAAUUUUGUAAUUUUGUACAUGAUAAAGUAUUUUAAAUCAGUAGGUCUAGUAUCUGUGCACUAACAUUAUAGUGAAGUUUUAAUAUUUUAAUAAAUGCAUUAGACCUAGUAAAACCAUUUUACUACAUGAUUGUAUCACUAAGAAGUGAUUGUUGUGAAUAAAAAUAAAAUGUUAAGUCACCUAUCAAUUAUUUUCUUGCCUAAGUAUGUGACUUAUAUUGUUCUAUAUAUUUUCCUAUUCUUUGGUUUAGGAGAUGAUACCUAUUCUGUACUACUUUGAUCUUGUAAUUAUCUCCAGGUAUAUACUGAGUUUCUGUAACAUGGUAGUAGUAGUUUCGGUAACUACAUUUAAUUAACAGCUUUUUCCUGUGUUGUUUUCUUUUGUCUUCCCUUUUGCAGAGCCUCAACCUAUUCUUGUGGCUCCAUUCAGGCCAGGCAAGUGCGCUAUCACUGAGGUGUAUCCUUUACACUACGAAGUUUGCUUUUUUAUAUCAGGUUUAAGUUCACUGCAAAAUUGAAAGGAAGCUCCAGAGAUUUGCAGUUGAUCAUGUGCCUCUCACACAUAAGUUGCCUCCUUCCAUGGCCAGUGCUCUCCCCUAGAGUAGUACACUUGUGAUAGAUGAUGACUUACCAUGAGUCUACCCUUAUCCUUAAAAUCUGAAUCUGCGGUUAAUGUUAGGGUUCACUGUUAGUGUUCUCCAUCUGAUGGGUCUAACAAAUGUGUAGGGUAUUUACUGUUGCAUUUAUGUUUGUUCUUAAUUGUUUGUUAAUACUCCAUAUUCAGAAGAAUUUAGGAGAUGAUUAUAGGAAAUUUUUAAUCCAAAUGUUACACUUCUUUAAUUUCUACUUCUGAAAUCCUAUACAUGAAAAAUAGUUUUAAAUUAGUAUGGUUACUUUGUGUGUACUAACAUUAGAGUAAACUUUUAAUUUUUUAAGUAAAUGUGUUAGACUUAGUAAAAGAAUAUUACUACAUGGUUGUAUUACUGAAAAGUGAUUUUUGUGACUAAAAAUAAAAUUUUAAGUCACUUAACAAUUAUUAUCUUCCCACUAAAGUAUGUAAUUUGUAUUGUUCUGUAUAAUGUCCUACUCUGGUUUAGGAGGUGAUAUCUAUACACUGUUACUGAGUUUUUGAAUUAUCUCCAAUUGUAUACUAAAUUUCUGUAUCAUGGUAUUAGUAGAUUCAUUAACUUUCUUUAAAUAAUACCUUUUUCUUUGUUUCUUUGUUUAUUCUCUUUUUUUUCUGUUUCAUUGUCUUCCUUUUUGCAGUGGUUGCCACUCAACCCGAGACUCCACUCAAGUCAGGCAAGUGCUCUACCACAGAGCUGCACCCUUUUCACUAAGAACUUUGUUUUUUAUGUCUGGCUUAGGUUCACAGCAAAGUUGAAAGGAGGAUCCAGAGGGCUUUGAUUGAUCAUGUCCCUCUCACACAAAGUGUUUUGCUUCCCUCCAUGGCCAGUGCCCGCCCCUAGAGGAGUACCCUUGUUACAGAUGAUGACUUACAGUGGUCCAUCGUUAUCAUCUAAUGUUGGCAGUUAACAUUAGGGCAAACUGUUGGCGUUCUCCAUCUGAUGGGUCUACUCAAAUGUGUAGUAUAUUUACUGCUGCAUUUAUAUUUGUUCUUGUUUUUUUCUUAAUACCGCAGAAUUCAGAAGUAUUUAAGAAAUUAACUGUAGGAAAAUUUUAUUCCAAAACACUCCAUUUAUUAAUUUUUACUUCUGAAAUCCUAUACAUGAAAAGAGUUUUAAAUCACUAUGUUUAGUGUCUGUGUAAUAACAUAUAGUGAAGGUUUAAUAUGUUAAUAAAUGCAUUAGACUUAGUAAAAACCAUAUUACUGUAUGAUUGUAUCACUGAGAAGAGUUUUUUGUGACUAAAAAUAAAAUGUUAAGUCACUUAUACAUUAUUUUCCCCCCCAAGAUUUUAACUUACGUUGUUCUCCAUAUUUUCCUAUUCUUCAGUUUAGGAGAUGAUAUCUAGUCUGUGCUACUUUGAUCUUGUAAUUAUCUCCAGGGGUAUACUGAGUUUCUGUAUCUUCUGCAGUAGUGGGUUCAGUAACUAUCUUUAAUUAACAGCUGUGUUUCUUCUCUUUUAUUUUUUAUGUGUUCUCUUUUCCAGGGAUUGGUAGACCUGGCACUCCACUCACGCAAGGCAAGUGCCCCUCCACUGAACUGUACCCUUUGCACUAUGAACAUUUAUAAACAUCAGGAUUAAGUUCACGGCAAAAUUGAAAGGAAGAUCCAGAGAUUUCCAGUAGACUGUGUGCCUCUCACACAUGAGUUGCCUCCCUCCACAGGCAGUGCCCUCCUCUAAAGUAGUACACUUAGUGUAGACAAUGACUUACACUGGCCCAUCAUUACCAAGCGAAGUCUGCAGUCAGUGUUAGGAUUCACUGUUUGUGUUCCCCUUCUCAUGGUUCUAUUGUAAUGUGAAGUGUAUUUACAGUUCAAUUUAUAUUUGUGUUUAAUUUUUUGUUAAUACUCCAUAUUUAGAAGAAUUUAGGAAAUGAAUUAUAGGAAAUUUAUAACCUAAAAUACUUCAUUCAUUUAAUUUUCCUUGAAUUCCUGUACAUGAAAAUGUUUUAAAUCACUAUGGCUACUUUGUGUGAAUUAAGAUUAAACUUUUAACAUUUUAAACAAAUGUGUUUGACUUAAAAUGUUGCCCCUCUUAUGAAUUAUUUUCCCACUUAAGUAUUUAAUUUAUAUGGCUUUGUAUAAUAUUCCACUCUUUGGUUUAGGAGAUGAUAGUAAUAGUGUGCUACUUUGAUCUUGGAAUUACCUCCUAUUGUACAUUGAGUUUCUAUAACAUGGUAAUAGUUUCAGUACCUGUCUUUAAUUAAUAGCUUUUCUUCUUUGUUUCUUCUCUUCUGUUUUCUUUUCGGUUCCAUUCUUUUCUUUUUUGCAGUGGUUGCCAAAAAACCUGAGAUUCCAUUCGUAUCCGGCAAGUGCUGUACCAUGGAGUUGUACCCUUUGCACUAUAAACUGUUUUUUUAAAUUUCAGGCUUAAGUUCACAGCAAAAUUGAAAGGAAGAUCCAGAGAUUUGCAGUUGAUCAUGUACCUCUCACACAUAAGUUGCCUCCCUCUAUGGCCAGUGCCCUCCCUUAGACUAGAACACUUGCUAUGGAGAGUGACUUAAACCGGUCCAUUAUUAUAAUCCAAAUCUGCAGUUAAUAUUAGUUUCACUGUUAGUGUUCUCCAUCUGAUGGGUCUAUUCAAAUGUGUAGUGUAUUUGCUGUUGCAUUUAUAUUUGUUCUUAAUUUUGUGUUAAAUUCCAGAAUUCAUAAGUAUUUAAGACAUGAAGUAUAGGAAAUUAUGAUUUAAAAUAUUCCUUUUAUUUAAUUUUCAAUUUUGUAAUCUUGUACAUGAUAAAGUAUUUUAAAUCAGUAGGUCUAGUAUCUGUGCACUAACAUUAUAGUGAAGUUUUAAUAUUUUAAUAAAUGCAUUAGACCUAGUAAAACCAUUUUACUACAUGAUUGUAUCACUAAGAAGUGAUUGUUGUGAAUAAAAAUAAAAUGUUAAGUCACCUAUCAAUUAUUUUCUUGCCUAAGUAUGUGACUUAUAUUGUUCUAUAUAUUUUCCUAUUCUUUGGUUUAGGAGAUGAUACCUAUUCUGUACUACUUUGAUCUUGUAAUUAUCUCCAGGUAUAUACUGAGUUUCUGUAACAUGGUAGUAGUAGUUUCGGUAACUACAUUUAAUUAACAGCUUUUUCCUGUGUUGUUUUCUUUUGUCUUCCCUUUUGCAGAGCCUCAACCUAUUCUUGUGGCUCCAUUCAGGCCAGGCAAGUGCGCUAUCACUGAGGUGUAUCCUUUACACUACGAAGUUUGCUUUUUUAUAUCAGGUUUAAGUUCACUGCAAAAUUGAAAGGAAGCUCCAGAGAUUUGCAGUUGAUCAUGUGCCUCUCACACAUAAGUUGCCUCCUUCCAUGGCCAGUGCUCUCCCCUAGAGUAGUACACUUGUGAUAGAUGAUGACUUACCAUGAGUCUACCCUUAUCCUUAAAAUCUGAAUCUGCGGUUAAUGUUAGGGUUCACUGUUAGUGUUCUCCAUCUGAUGGGUCUAACAAAUGUGUAGGGUAUUUACUGUUGCAUUUAUGUUUGUUCUUAAUUGUUUGUUAAUACUCCAUAUUCAGAAGAAUUUAGGAGAUGAUUAUAGGAAAUUUUUAAUCCAAAUGUUACACUUCUUUAAUUUCUACUUCUGAAAUCCUAUACAUGAAAAAUAGUUUUAAAUUAGUAUGGUUACUUUGUGUGUACUAACAUUAGAGUAAACUUUUAAUUUUUUAAGUAAAUGUGUUAGACUUAGUAAAAGAAUAUUACUACAUGGUUGUAUUACUGAAAAGUGAUUUUUGUGACUAAAAAUAAAAUUUUAAGUCACUUAACAAUUAUUAUCUUCCCACUAAAGUAUGUAAUUUGUAUUGUUCUGUAUAAUGUCCUACUCUGGUUUAGGAGGUGAUAUCUAUACACUGUUACUGAGUUUUUGAAUUAUCUCCAAUUGUAUACUAAAUUUCUGUAUCAUGGUAUUAGUAGAUUCAUUAACUUUCUUUAAAUAAUACCUUUUUCUUUGUUUCUUUGUUUAUUCUCUUUUUUUUCUGUUUCAUUGUCUUCCUUUUUGCAGUGGUUGCCACUCAACCCGAGACUCCACUCAAGUCAGGCAAGUGCUCUACCACAGAGCUGCACCCUUUUCACUAAGAACUUUGUUUUUUAUGUCUGGCUUAGGUUCACAGCAAAGUUGAAAGGAGGAUCCAGAGGGCUUUGAUUGAUCAUGUCCCUCUCACACAAAGUGUUUUGCUUCCCUCCAUGGCCAGUGCCCGCCCCUAGAGGAGUACCCUUGUUACAGAUGAUGACUUACAGUGGUCCAUCGUUACGUUGUCAUCUAACGUUGGCAGUUAACAUUAGGGCAAACUGUUGGUGUUCUCCAUCUGAUGGGUCUAUUCAGAUGUGUAGUAUAUUUACUGCUGCAUUUAUAUUUGUUCUUGUUUUUUUCUUAAUACUGCAGAAUUCAGAAGUAUUUAAGAAAUUAAGUAUAGGAAAAUUUUUAUUUCAAAAUACUCCAUUUAUUAAUUUUUACUUCUGAAAUCCUAUACAUGAAAAGAGUUUUAAAGCACUAUGUUUACUGUCUGUGUAAUAACAUAUAAUAAAGUUUUAAUAUGUCAAUAAAUGCAUUAGACUUAGUAAAUAACAUAUUACUACAUGACCUUGUCACUGAGAAGUGAUUUUUGUGACUAAAAAUAAAAUUUUAAGUCACUUAUACAUUAUUUUCCCACCCAAGUUUGUAACUUAUGUUGUUCUCCGUAUUUUCCUAUUCUUUAGUUUAGGCGAUGAUAUCUAGUCUGUGCUACUUUGAUCUUGUAAUUAUCUCCAGGGGUAUACUGACUUUCCGUAUCUUCUGCAGUACUGGGUUUAGUAACUAUCUUUAAUGAAUAGCUUUGUUUCUUCUCUUUUAUUUUCUAUGCGUUCUUUUUUGCAGUGAUUGGUAGACCUCGGACUCCAUUCAUGCAAGGCAAGUGCCCCUCCACUGAACUGUACCCUUUGCACUAUGAACAUUUUAAAAUAUCAGGCUUAAGUUCACAGCAAAAUUGAAAGAAAGCUCCAGAGAUUUCCAGUAGACUGUGUGCCUCUCACACGAGUUGCCUCCCUCCAUGGCCAGUGCUGUCCUCUAGAGUAGUACACUUGUUAUAGACGAUGACUUACACUGGUCCUUGGUUCCCAUCCAAAGUCUGCAUUUAACACUAAGUUUCACUGUUAGCAUUCUUCAUGUGAUGGUGGAUUGGAAUUUGUUGUGUGUUUCCUUUAGCAGUGUCAUGCCUCAGACAGCUCCUUUGUGCUAUUUGUUCAUUGCCUCCCUGGCCCUGCACCACCCCACCAAUACUGCAACCACUGAACUUUUCAUUUUCCUGGCAGUGAUCAUUUUAGCAGAUCUGCUCCUUCAUUGAAAUGAUACAGUGGAUAAUUUUUGAAGAUUAAAAGCAGUAACUGUUCAAGCUAACUGAAUGUAGCCAAUAAAGCUGUUACUUGAACUGCCUUUUUUCCUCUUAUUGGGGAUGUUGCUAGGGACCGAAGCCAGUGCUUUGGCCAUUCCAGGUCAAUGAUUUACCAUGGAGCUAUACCUCCAGCCUUAGUUUUUGUGUUUUUCAUGCUUGUAUGAAUAUGCGCUGAUGGCAUGUGCUCCACAUGCUGAGCUGGCCUGCUUUCUAUGUGGAUUCCUCAUCAUGAGGAGGGUUGCCAAAAGUGACAUCAUGCUGAACUUCAGAGCACGAACUGCACCACCUUGUUCUGUUGGGUCCAGACAGAACCUUUGAGAAUGGAGGCAGACACUGGCGAGUGCUGUGCUUCUCAAAGUGCCUCAGGGCUUUCAUUCUUACCUGGAGAUGGGAAGUAAGAUGAGGGAGUAAUGAAAGCUAUAGGUGAGUCAAAAUGCUCCUCUUCCUUUGAGUGCAAGUCAUGUUAAGUUAGUAAAACAUGACCGAUUUUAUCAUUAUUAUUAUUGGUCCUCACUCCUUCAGUACUAGGGACUCAGUGGUCUUGUGCGUGCUGUGUACACAUGUUUACCACUGAGUCCAACCCCAGCCCUGACUUUGUAUGAAUAGGUUCUCUGUCACGGGAAAUCAGAGGCUUUUGGUUCUUUGUGUUGUUUUGUUUUUUUCCCAAAGUUUACAUGACGUAAAAUUUUGUCUUUCACUUGUCACAUUCUGAGAGGCUCAGUGAGUUAGUGGUUUCAUUUGUAUGUUUUCAUUAUUCCAUGUAAGAUAGUGCUCCCUGGCAGCUGGUUGCAACCUCCCCGGUGCUGGCUUUUAAGCUUUUCAGACUGGACCAGCUUGUAAGGGCUUGAGCUCUGAAGUGGUUCUUUCCAUGGGAAGUAAGAUAGCAGAUGAACUUGAGCCCUGUUUGCAUCACACAUAUGACAGAGAAACCAGGGAGAACUAAGGGAGCUCCUUAGCAUCUUCCCUAGGAGAGGAAUAGCAAGAGUAAGUGCACAGACUUCUCCUGAGCUCUUCUCCACUGAGAGCUGGAAAUCAUUGCAAUGGUGCUUGUUUCAGGUGUGCUUCCCAUAUUUUGCCAUGCUGCAAAUUAGAAUGCCCUUUACAGCUUCCUUGAGCUAAAGUAUUUCCUCUUCAAACUCUACAGUUCCAACUGAAUGCUACAGCAGCUGCCUUGUGUCUUAAGAAAAUAAGUGUAUCUUUUAUGAUCGUUCCUAGUGCCACUACUCUAGGAAAGUCAUGCUCUUUGUUUGCCAUGUCAGCUUAUGCCAGCGAUACUGCUAAUGGUACCAUUUCUGUCAAUAUAAUACCUUCAGGUAGGAUGUGAUUGUGCACAGCACUAUUGCUCAUUUAGCUAUCAAAUGUAGAUAAAUUCUCUUCUUCCCUGCAUUUCUUAAAAAUAGGAAGUGAGAUUUCUUAAUGCAUUGCAUAUCAAUAGCAUAAUUAAUACUGAUUAUAGAAUGGGCUACAGAUGUAGCCCAAAAGACUAUUUUGUGUCAAAACAUCAGAGUUAUACUUUUAAUAGUUUAUAUUUUUGUUAAUUCAAAAUGUAUUUUACCUUUUUCUUGAAUAGUGUGUGAUAUUUCUGAUGAUGACUCUCUAAUCAGCUCUUCCAGCAAACACAGUCUUGUUAAUUUCUGGCCUAAAUCAGAUGACACUGACUUUCUUCUGGAUAACAAGGCCUCCAGUUAGAUGUAUUUCCUGCAGGCCUUGACUGUGGUCUUUCUGUGAUGAUAUUGGAUGGCACCAGAUCUCUGAAGCUGAGAAUUCCUGGCCCCAGCUACCCUUCUG